UGAAGCAAGCAGCACUCCCCGUGGCACAGGAGACACAGCCCCAGGUGCCAGAGGGAAGGAAGCCUCAUGCCUGAUGGGGUUGCCUGAGCCCGGCUCCGGCCCGCUGCGCUCUGCAGGCAGUUAGAAGUCGGAGCUGCGGCGCGGGACUGAAGAGGUUAACGAGGAUCUGCCUCCUAAUGUUGAUGUGUCUAGGUGAUGUCAGUGGGAGCCGGGGAAGGAGGGAGGGGAGAGCGGUGGGGCUCCGAGGCGUGGAGGCUGCAGGGGCCGAGGAAGACCCCCUUGCGGACUGCGGGGCUCGGGCUCGGGCUGCGGGACAGCGCGGCGGGCGGAGGCUGCCGCAGCCUGCGGGGGCGGGCGGGCGCGCAGGCGACGCGCACCGGCACGAUGGACCUGGAAGCCUCGCUGCUGCCCGCCGGCCCCAACGCCAGCAACACCUCGGAUGGCCCGGAUAACCUCACCUCGGCCGGGCCGCCUCCACGCACAGGGAGCAUCUCCUACAUCAACAUCAUCAUGCCUUCUGUGUUCGGUACCAUCUGCCUCCUGGGCAUCAUUGGGAACUCCACGGUCAUCUUUGCAGUGGUGAAGAAAUCCAAGCUGCACUGGUUCAGCAACGUCCCGGACAUAUUCAUCAUCAACCUCUCGGUGGUGGACCUCCUCUUUCUCCUGGGCAUGCCCUUCAUGAUCCACCAGCUCAUGGGCAAUGGUGUCUGGCACUUUGGAGAGACCAUGUGCACCCUCAUCACGGCCAUGGAUGCCAACAGUCAGUUCACCAGCACCUACAUCCUGACUGCCAUGGCCAUUGACCGCUACCUGGCCACGGUCCACCCCAUCUCCUCCACCAAGUUCCGGAAGCCCUCUGUGGCCACCCUGGUGAUCUGCCUCCUGUGGGCCCUCUCCUUCAUCAGCAUCACCCCCGUGUGGCUCUACGCCAGGCUCAUCCCCUUCCCAGGGGGCACAGUGGGCUGCGGCAUCCGCCUGCCCAACCCAGACACUGACCUGUACUGGUUCACCCUGUACCAGUUUUUCCUGGCCUUUGCCCUGCCCUUUGUGGUCAUCACGGCUGCAUACGUGAGGAUCCUGCAGCGCAUGACAUCCUCGGUCGCUCCCGCCUCUCAACGCAGCAUCCGGCUGCGGACAAAGAGGGUGACCCGCACGGCCAUCGCUAUCUGCCUGGUCUUCUUUGUGUGCUGGGCACCCUACUACGUGCUCCAGCUGACCCAGCUGUCCAUCAGCCGCCCGACGCUCACCUUUGUCUACCUGUAUAAUGCAGCCAUCAGCUUGGGCUACGCCAACAGCUGCCUCAACCCCUUUGUGUACAUCGUGCUCUGUGAGACGUUCCGAAAACGCUUGGUUCUGUCGGUGAAGCCUGCGGCCCAGGGGCAGGUCCGAGCCGUCAGCAACGCCCACACGGCUGAUGAGGAGAGGACAGAAAGCAAGGGUGCCUGACAUGCCCCCUGCCACACUGGGCACCUCCGUGUCAGGAUGCUACGACAGACCAUGGGGAGAGAUGCUGAGAGAAACCCAAGACCCCUCGGGGAGGACGCAGGAGGCUGGGGUGGUUGCAACUAUAGGACCCACAGAUUGCCAGGGAGGCCCAGAGCCAGAUUUGGGGCUUCAAGGAUCAGAAAUCUCUUUGAGAGAGCAGGAGGAGACCUUUGGGUUGAACAGAACUGAGCAAGAAGAUUGCUUUAAAUGUUUAGUUGAGCCCUACUUCUGCUAACUUCCAAAUGUCUUUUUCCCAAAAGGAGAGGUGGAAGGAUUCUGGCCGGAUUUAUUUAAGAACAGGCAGGGCUGGGGUGUGAGUAGCGGGGCCAUACGGCACAGGGUCCUGGGGAGAUGAAGGUGGUGGGGCCUCUGCAGUCUUUCCCAUCUCUCAUUGGUAUGACGGAGGGCUGCUUUUCUCCCAAGCUGGAGAAUGAUGAAAAAUAAAGCAUGCCGUGUCUCUGUGUUCCA